UCGUGAUUGCCCAAUUUCACUUUUUUAUUUCAUUUUCUCGGCUUUAUUGAUUGAUCUUGUAAAGUUUGUUUUGAUAAGCUAUUUUUUUUUCUUGAGCCGCCUCAAACCUGUGUAGCCCCCCUUAGAGGGUGUGCGCCACAGCAUUUCGAGAUUAUCAUCAUUAUCAGGUCAAAUCAAAGUCAACAUGGCGUAGCGUGGCGUCGCAAGACGACUAGACCUGCAAUGUAAAUUGUCACGUAAUACUAAAUUGUCGCCCCGUUCCGUUCGCCCCGGCUGACGUGACGCUCCCAUCAAAUUCGUCGCACUAUGCCAGCAAGCAAGGAGGCUGGCAAAGCAAGCAUCUCAAGGCCCUAAUAUAGAAGACCUACAGCAUUAACUACAUCCGUCCACGUGUGGCAUAGGAAACCUCCGGUGGUGUAUGAAGUAUUCACAGGCCCCGGUCACGAUGUAUGGUAGUGUCCCCGACUACGGAAGGCACACCAGCGGGCCGUGUACCUAGCCUACAAGAGUGUGUUGACCCGCAAGAGGUGGCCAUGAUGCUAAGAAGAUGCAUCGCGGUGGCACUGCUCAUGCUUGUAUGGCCUACGCUCGUCUGGGGACUGCAAAAGCCGCAUAUUGUCGUCAUCAUGGUCGAAAGCUUGGGUUGGGCUGACGUCGGCUUCCACGGUUCGCGCCAGAUGCGCACGCCCAACAUCGACGCUCUGGCGGCGGACGGCGUCAUCCUCAACAAGUACUACACCCCGCCUUCCGGCGUGGCCUCGAGGGUUGGCCUCCUCACCGGGGUGUAUCCCUACCGAGCAGGUAUAACAAGAACGAUACACCCUUCGCAACCGACUGCGCUCCCUACGCUAUUCACGACGCUACCGAUGUUUCUGAAGAACUUGGGCUACGCUACGCACUUCGUUGGAGUCUGGAGCCUGGGCUUCUUCAAGGACGAGUUCACACCCGAGAACCGCGGUUUUGACACGGCCUUCGCGAAGUGGAGCGGACCGGGUGACUACUGGACACACGUUUCAUCGGAUCGGAAGUACAACUACUUUCACGGCUACGACCUGCGGCUAAAUCGGGAGGUGCUGUGGAACAAGACGGGAACAUACGCGACCCGCGCCUUCACGGAAAGGGCAACGGAAGUCAUCGCACACCACGACAAGGCGAAGCCUCUGUUCAUGCUGAUCGCUCAUCAAGGUGUCCAGGCAGCCAACGACUACGGUUCAGUUCAGUGUCCACCCGAGCACCUAGACACAUUUGCGACCAUCGCACACAGAAAAAGGAUCCUACUGGCCGGCGCCCUGGCCGAAGUGGACGAUUCCGUGGGCAAGGUGUUCGGCGCGCUGCACAACCGGUCCAUGCUAAACGACACGGUGCUGAUUUUCGUCUCCUCCAGCGGCGGCCUUGCGGAUCGGGAAGACGAGAGCAGCAAUUGGUCCUUCAACUGGCCCCUGCGAGGCACCAAGGGAACGUACUUCGAAGGCGGCAUCCGGGUGCCUGCCUUUGUGUGGAGCCCGCUUCUCGGCGACAGGUCACCGCGAGUGUCCAGUCAAUUGAUGCACGUCACCGACUGGCUUCCGACACUAGUAAACGUCGCCGGCGGGGAUGCGAAGAUUUUAGGAGACCUGGCCGACUUCGAUUCGUUCAACCAAUGGCCGACGAUCAGCAAGAACCUCGUCUCGCCAAGGAAGUCCAUCAUCCACAACUUCGACAUAGCCCGCCAAAAUUUCGUGAUCCUUCUGGGUCAAUACAAGGGCUUAAUCGCCACGCACCGCAGCGUCAGCUGGGACAGGAAGUCGAAGUGGUUCCCACUUGAGGGUCUUGAGCUCAAGCAACCGUCAAAGUUCGAGAAACGCAUCUCCUCCGGCGAGGCCUACAAGGUACUUCAACAGCUUCGUGGCAAAGGCUUCAAUCUGACAGACCCCACACGAAGGGGCUCUUUACUGAACUGCAAGACCAUCGCGAAGCCUCGGGGUUGUAACCUUGGGCGAGGUCCGUGCCUGUUCGACUUGGCCAAUGACCCUUGCGAGCAAGAUAAUGUUGUUGAUAAACAUCCCGCUGUUGUGGCGAAAAUGAAGCAGACCAUCAUAUACGGCGACAGCUACGUUCCCUGGGAGAACGAGAAGAUGGGGGACUCGGACGCCGACCCGGGACUGUUCGGCGGUGUGUGGGUCCCGUGGCGGAGCCCGCCGUACAGCCGUUACGGCCAGAACAAGCCCUCUCAGGACUGUCACUUCGACUGCUAAAGGGCGAGAGCUCUGCGCCGCGUUUCUCCGUCAUUGAUAUCGAUACGGCUUGCCCCAUCCGUCUGUCAAGAGGCGGCCCAAAGAAUGCUAAAAUAUAUCCCCGAGUCAGUUACACGCAGGAAUUUAUUAAAGAAGGCUGCCAGGAGUGGACGAGAGGCGCUUCGUCUUUGAGCUCCAGGAGCUCCAGGAGCAUUGCGCACUGCGGGAGUACUGGAACCGGAGCUCUACUGCAAGCGAUGGCUUCUUUUCGUUACCGACACCGCCAUGGCGAAGCAUUCAAAGCUAGGUGUGCUAAGAUGAAUCGGUACGCUAUUCUUUCCUGGUGCAUUUCCUGUAGAGAUUGAAGUAUUUCUUGGCGGCUAACAUUCGGGCACUGACGGCGCUCGCAAAUCGGUACACAUGGACGUGGUAAAAUGCGCACGACGACAAAAAUAUGUCGACGGCCAGUCGGAGUUGCGACAAAGCAUUGUUUUCUUGGACCUCUCAGAAGAUUGAACGUUUUGCGUGCCGCUGUGGCAUAAUACCCGUUCACAAGCAAACCAUGCCUGUACGCAACAGAGCCUUAUUCGGGGUGGCGAGGGUGCCACAUGUAGGAGAAGGUGAUCGCUUCGUUUUUUUGGCCUUUGGUGCAUGACAAGCUUCCGCAAAGACAAAUUGCGCGUCAUCGCCUCAGCUAGCUGGGUACCAUUAUUUGGUUGUGUAACUUCCAAUUGCGGGAGGUGGUUCUAAUUCUUUUUUUUUACAUUUCGUACACCACGAUAUUAUGCCAUCCUUAGAGGGAUCCGAGAACCAAAUUAGAGUCAUAAUGCUUUCGUCAAAGCACUGUGACAAUACUUCGUACUUCCUUGAAAAUACACUGAACUCGUUGUUCUACGUAUCUACGGUAGUACGUACGCUGUAGUCGACUAGGUCCCAUGAGGUGCCUCUCGGUGGCCACUGCAGCAACUGAUAUCGGGAACGCGAGGCAUUUCGAGUAGUGUUGCGUGCGCUAAAGACACCCAGCUGCUCAGCACUGGUUUGGCUGCGCCUCAACACAUGUAACCUCUUCAGCCUGGGGGCUUGGCGUCGUUCUUAAGGGUCACGGUGUAUUCCGGCAACUCACGUGUCCACCUCUCGUUUGGUUCCAGUCUGUGUGCCUCGAAAACGCAGUAUCCGCGGCAUUUGUAACUUUUCAAGGCCACGAAACAAAAAACCGUCUCGUCAGGCUAUUGGUCAAGUGAUCGGCGUGAGACACUCUUGAUGCCAAGUUUCGAGGAUUCUAUGCUAAAUAUACAGGUUUCAAUCAGACUUAAAUACUGAUCGAGCACAAGAAAUAACUCGCUCAUUUCCUUCCCCACUUGCAUUGCCCUGCUAAUUCAAUCGAGUAUUUGUAGCAACGUACGCAAUUCAUUUGAUGCCGCUGCAGUGCCGCCAACGUGUUUUGGGAAUCCACAGCUCUGUCAAGGUAUCGAGAGAUAGCUUUUACCGUGGGCUCCUCUACUUUCACGUACAUACGUGUUGGCGAAAUAAAAACAAUUGACAACGAAUGUU